AUGUGAUCAUUAUCAAUUAUUGUCAAUUCUGAUUAUUCAAAAACAUUCAUCGACAAUGAUGAAUCAAGUCAUCCAACUACUCUUAAUUAUAAAUCAUUAUUAACUAUAGCUAUAUGUACAUCAUCAUCAUCAUCAUCAGCAGCAGCAACAGCAACAACACUUCUUCAACAACAUCAAGAAACAUUAUCAUUACUUGAUCAAUCAACAAUAAAAUGA